GUACGCACGGCUUGCUGGCUGCUGGUACUUCCUUCGCUGCGCUGGCGGCUGCAGAGAGCAGAAGUACCUCCCUUUCCGCCGUCUCUUUUUUUCUUGUCGCUGGUGUCUGUCGAUACAUCUUCUCGCUCCCUCCCAGGUCUUGCGAUCUUAUCUCUCUCUCUCUUUUCCUUUUCCUCCAUUCAUUAAACGGGCCCUCUCUCGCUCUGCCUACCAAAUCAACCUCCCCCCCCCUUCCCCGUCCGUCCCCUUUAUCCAACCGCCCUUGCGCCAGCCCGUUCUCUUACAUAUAUCCUUAGUCCCUCUCCGCCUCCCUCUCUCUCUCUGCUCCUCAUCUUGCCCUCUCUUCGUCUCCUCUCUCUGCCAUCCUCGACCCGACUGCUUCCUUGGGCUGGCCCAUCUCAUAUCCGCCGUCUCAUCUCCCGUCUCAUCAUCCUCGAACGGCUCUCGUCCGCUUGCAAGGCUGAAGGCUGGGCCUUCUCUGCAUCUCUCUGACUGCUGAAACUACUCCGGAACUUGAAUCAAGCCCGGCAUUCCCCCCCUCCCCUCCCCUUGAGUACGCUACAUUACGCCGUGACAACGUUGGGCCAUCUAUCUAUUCGCCUACGUUUCGCCUUUUGUCCAUCAUAUUACUCCUAACUUGCUACCUUGAUAUUGUCUGCGACUGGUGUUUGAUCAGGUUAGUUGGCCUCCAAACCGUUCUACCGACCGUUGAGCCAGGUCGAAACUGCCAGCGCUUAAUGCUAACUCAAGGCUCUUCAGGUCAGGCACAUCACCAUGUAUCCCCAUGGCGCGCCCAUGCCGCCUCCCCAGAAGCCGGAGACCUUCAUGCUAUCAAAUGAAGCCCAGCAGAGUCUGCCACAGGAUGUUCAGGUCGCUCUACAGCAGGUUGACAACCUCAAAUACUUCCUCAUCUCCGCCCCAGUAGACUGGACGCCAGAUCAGCUCAUCAGACGAUUCUUGCUACCCACCGGCGAUUACGUCUCAUGUGUCCUAUGGUAUCCCAAGAGCCCGUUCCUCGACUUCUUGUACAAGAACAACUGCAUCCGAACCCAGAAGAAACAAAAGGUCUUCUACUGGUACAGCGUUCCUCAUGACCGUCUCUUCCUCGACGCUCUCGAGCGGGACUUGAAGCGUGAGAAGAUGGGCCAGGAGGCCACUACAGUCGCCGUCAACGAGCCUGCGCUCUCGUUCGAGUUCGACUCCUCCCAGUCGCUCUACGAGCAGUUGACCAAGGCGCAACAGGCGAACUCGUCCUCUUUCUCUGCCGCACACGUCUCGUCUGCGUUCGCUUCUUCCCACUCGGCCUCGCCCAUGCCGCGAGCCACCGAUUCCAUGCCACCACCGCAGAUGGCUCCCCCGGCCAUCCCCGUUGUCCACGAUGAGCAGAACACAAUGUACCACGGCUCCGUCAGCAGCGAUCCCAUGGGCGGCCAGAUCGUCAAGACUGAGGCCGAUUACCCGCAGUUCCAAUACGAUCGCAAUGGUGUUCCGGUCUCCAAGGUCCACCAGCGCCAUACCUCCAUGCCCACAUACAUGGAAUACUCGCCUGCUCCUUCAUUCGUAUCCUCUCAUUACGAUGAGUAUGCCAACCGUGGUAUUUCCUUUGAGCCCCUAACUCCUCCACAGCACACUAUGCACCUCACCUCAGAGCCGGCUUACAUUGCCAACGAGGAUACCGGCCUCUAUACUGCCAUCCCAGAUAUCGGAUCAACCUCCUCCUUUAACCCAAUGAUGCAACUUCCCCCUUCUAAUGUUGCUGCUCCUCACUACUCUACCGCCUCAAGAAGCUUCCCUUCUUCUAGCGUGUACUCCGUCAUAGAAGGCUCACCGACAUACAAGCAGCGAAGACGCCGCUCAUCCAUCCCACCAAGCAUCACCAACGCUAUCACAGCAGCUACUAAUACAUUGCAUGUACAAUCGCAUUCCCAGGACAUGCACCAGCCUCAAGUCCCGGUCCAGCCUCAUGCUGUUCACCGGCCAAGCGACCUUCGUCGCUCCAUGUCUACCGCGAUUGAAGGCGAUGCUUCCCAUGAGGACUCACCUCCGCGUGCCAUGUACUCUCAGGGCAGUGUUCAUCAUUCUCGCACUACCACUCCCCUGCCAAGCCUAGAAGAGAACACGCAGGUGUCUGUUCCCAUCUCCAUGGGUGAGACAACAACCGUAUCCUCAUUGUCGAAUAUGGAGACCAUUGAUGGUACCGACGGUAUGCACCUAAUGAACGGACACCAGGGUGAUCGCCCCGGUCCCAUUCGUCGUGCUAGAAGCGCUACUAUGAUGGAGCUCGGCCCAUAUCCACAAAAGUCUCACUCCUGCCCCAUUCCCUCCUGUGGCCGUCUCUUCAAGCGUCUAGAGCAUCUCAAGCGACACGUAAGAACACAUACGCAAGAAAGACCAUAUACCUGUCCUUACUGUAACAAGGCGUUCUCUCGAUCAGACAACCUUGCACAGCAUCGCCGUGUCCAUGAGACGCAACAGUCUUCCAACACCGGCUCUCAGCCUCCAAGCUUCAAGGAGGAUGAGCAAGAAAAUGACCGCGAACAGUCAGUCGCAGUCGGCCAGCAUGAGCAACAACCCCAGCAAUCGCAACAAGUUCCAACUUCCAGUGCGAACUACCUCCCAACUACCGUCGUCAACAUGGCCAAUGUCACCUCCAUGCAUUCGAUAGGCACCCACUCCAACCUACCAUCCAUGGUGGCCCCCCAGAUAAUCCAACCCCAAAUGGUCCAACCACAGAUGCUACAACAGCAGAUAUGA